AUGGCUGGUCCUAUUCAAGAUGUUGUGGAAGAAGAUGCAGCGGAUCUGCAGUUUCCAAAAGAAUUUGAAAAUGCUGAAACAUUACUAAUAUCUGAAGUGGAUAUGUUACUCGAACACAGAAAAGCACAAAAUGAGUCUGCAGAAGAGGAACAAGAAUUUUCUGAAGUUUUUAUGAAGACUUUAACUUAUACCAAUAUGUUUAAAAAAUUCAAAAAUAAGGAAACAAUAGCUGCUGUAAGAAAUUUGCUCCAGUCCAAAAAGUUGCAUAAAUUUGAAGUAGCAAGUCUAGCAAACCUAUGUCCAGAAACACCUGAAGAAGCAAAAGCAUUAAUUCCAUCCCUUGAAGGAAGGUUUGAAGAUGAAGAGCUUAGAAUUUUGCUAGAUGAUAUUCAAACUAAGAGAAGUAUACAGUACUGA